AUGAGAACGUCGAUAUCAAAAGGUGAGCGAUGCUACAGUCCAUCAAAAAAUUGGGUGAACGACAUCGCCCUCGCCACUGUUACAGCAGCAUGUUGCUACUGUGCUGCACUAUCGCAGCCAGCGAUAGUAUUGGCUGUGUUGGGUGGCAUAUCUGGUCGUUGCAGUGAUGGAAGUGAUGGUGGUCGUGGCGGAUCUGGUGGUCGUAGUGAUGGUGGCAGGAUUUGGUUUGGAUCUUAUUUGUUUGUUGGAAAUGGUACUAAAGAAAACAAUAAUAAAACAAUGGAUGCCCAGGCAAAGAAGAAAGCUUUGUUUCGUUCAAAAUUGAAUGCUCAAAAGCAGGAAAAGCAACGCAUUGAUUCUCCUCUUGUGAGGUACAAUGAACAUGAUCAACUGGUUUGUAGAGUUUGUGACGUUGUCAUCAAAUCUGAAUCUCUUUGGCCUGCACACCAAGCUUCUCGAAAACAUCACGAGGCCAUCAACAACCUCAAAGCUAAUGCUGCUGCACUAAAUCGAGCUAAUAAUACUAAGGCCAUACCUCCUAAAGAAUUGCCUAAGCCGCAAUCUGAAGAUUAUCAAGAGUUGCAUAAGAAAUCUGAACCUUCAACUGCAUUGCCUGAACAUCGACUGUCAUCUUCUCUUCCUCCUGAUUUUUUUGAUAACCAGGAGGCAAAGAAGCAGAAAAAUGAACGGAAUUAUGGAAAGUUGGGACAUCCUGAUUCACACACCAAGAAUGAUCUUGUUUCUGGAAAGAAUCAAGUUGUGGACCCAUUUGUCUUAGGGAGUGAGACAGAUGGAUUAUCUAUUGCUAAAUCCGGGGAGAUUAGAGAUUCUGAAAUUCAGGCUUCCAAGGAAAUCAGGCAGGUGUCAAAAGUAGUUGUUAAUGCAGAAGAUGCGCAAGUCAAAGGAGCUCUUCCUGAAGGUUUUUUUGAUGACAAAGAUGCUGAUUUACGUGCACGAGGCAUUACGCCUAUGAAACCGGAUGUCAAGGAUGAAUAUAAGGAGUUUGAAAAGUUAAUCCAAGAGGAUUUACAAGAGAUAGACAACCGCUUGGAAGAAGAAGAGUUUGAUGCAGCUGAGACGAUUGAAGAAGCUGAGACUGUGGAACAAAAGACUUACAGAGAGAGAGUAGAAAUGCUAAGGAAGAAGAAGUUGGAGACUAAGGCUGCUAGAUCUUUGAUUGGAGAGCAAAACAUCUAUGAACAAUUUCGCUGUAUUUCCAGAUUGAAGCUUUUGGUCGAAUUCCAUCUCAAUGAAGUUGAAAAAGUGCUGUCUCAGUUAUUUGUCCUGGAUAACCGAUGA